AUGGAGGGAAGUUUUUCAAAUCAAGAUAAAAUGCAAUCACCAUAUGAACUGAGUUUUAGCAAUUCUCAGAGUUAUCCUAUCAAUUUAGAAACAAAUGAAUCUAUGGCGUCAUUAUCCUCAGUUAACACUGCACUUUUUCCAGUGAUGGACACAGAAAAUUCAAUUGUAAGUUCAAUUCAAUGUAUUGAAACAGGACAAUCAGAGGAAGAAGACUCAGAUGAAAAUAAAAUUUCUAGAUCAAAAAUAAGGCAUAUAAGCAAUUUAGAGGACCCUUACAUUGAUGGAGAAGUCGAAAUUGAUAUAAUUGAGGAAAAAUUGUCAAGAGAGUCUGAAGAUAGAGCCUCUCCUUCACAAUUGGAAGAAAUCGAACGUGAAGCUGAAGAGCUCCAGUCAUUUGAUGGUAAUAAAGCCAAAGUAGAAAAUCUUGAAAGAGUCCUCAAACAGAAAAAUAAUAUAUCAAAGCAUGUCGUUAUAAUAAAGGAAAAGCUGAGAAGCAAAGAACAAUUAUUACUUAAUGCAAAUUCUCCUAUAAAAGAUUUAGAAGUUUUAAAACAAACGCAAAAGGAAAAGAUAUUGUAUAUUGAUUCAAUGAUUAAAAGCAUGAAAAUUCAUUUAGAACAACAUUUGGCAUCAAGAGAUAAAAAUAUCAACAAUCUAAAUGACUAUCUUUCUGUAAUCAAAAACAAAGCCCAUGAAAUUGAUGCAAAAAUAGACCUAACAAAAGAAAAAAUUCAAAUAUAUAGGCGGAUUAACAGUAAAAAUAUUAACCAAAGCUCUCCACAAAGCAGAAAGUUAUCAGAAGAAUUUCAUAAUCCAAGCCAUAGCAAAAGAGUCAGCUUUCACAUGGAAGAGACUAAUGAUGCAGACUUUUCAAUUGAAAAUUCUACAGAAAUUCAGGCUGAAAAUUCAAAUUAUGAUGCAUCUUCGAAAAUGGAAGAAAUUUCUAUAUCAAAGUAUUCAAUUGCGACACCUCCGCGCUCUAUUAUGAAAACCCCUCAAAAGACCCCUAUGGAUUCUUUAAGCCAUUCUGAAGUAAAUUCACAGUAUGGAAUGGAGGCUGAUUCUGAUAAAAAUUCAAAUAGGUCGAGGAGCAAUUCAGCAAAAUCUUGAAACUCUGAAGGAAAAAAAUAUCGAAAAUAUGAUCAAAAUGGAAGAAAUUUGUCAGAAAGGGGAAUAAGAUCGGUUAUGUCAAGGAAUUAUACGCCUAGAAAUAUAAGCCAAUCAUCAUUUUAUGAUAUAUAUGAUGACUGAAAUUCAGAGGGCUAUACAAGGCAUCCGAGAUCUGAAAAUAUGUCAAUAAAUGGAUCAGAAAGAUCGCCAAGUCCUCAUGACCGUCAAAGUACAAUUUAUAGGAGAAAACCUAGCUAUUUAAAUGGCAGAAAUGAAAUAAAGCCCAAAAUAAAAUUAAAUCAGCAAUCAUUCGAAGAAUCAUCAUGAAACACGACCCAGCUUCUUCUCUGUGCAUUUAUUUUUAUAUUAGGCACUUUAGUUUACUUAAACUUCCAAAGAACAUCAAUUUUAAUUUAA